CCUAAUUCUGUAAAACCCCUUAACCAGAGUCACUACAGAGAAGCAUAGUGGAUGGAGAUGGCAACCUCAAGUGAAGCGUCACUUGACUUGGAAGCAUUGCGCCGCCUAAAAUCAACGGAGCCACCAUUGUGGCUAGCGCCGAGUGCGGAGCUUUCUGAUACGGCGCGUAGUGCUUCAGAAAAGCUGUUCUCAUUCCUUAAAACUUAUGCCCCAAAAUCGCCGUUGGAUCAAUUAUUGGUAAACGGGUUCGAUGCGGAACAGAUUUGGCAGCAGAUAGAUUUGCAGUCGCAGCCUCUGUUGUCGAGCCUUAAGAGAGAAGUGAAGAAGUUUGAGAAGAAUCCGGGGGAAAUUGGGGAGAUUAAGAAGGUUUUAGAAGGUGAUAAGAAGGGUUUGGGAGUGGAAAGGAAGGGUCUUGAGGAGGAAAGUGAUGGUUUUGAUGAAGAAUUGGAUGAUGGGUUUGAUGAUGAUGAUGAUGAUGAUGAUGAUGAUAGGGAGGAGGAGGAGGAGGAGGAGGAAAAGGAAGUGAAAGGGGAAGAGGAAGAGGAAGAGGAAGAUGAAGAUGAAGAUGAAGGAAGUGAGAGUGAAGAGGAAGAAAUGGAGGAAGAAGAGAAGGGAAAAGGAGGGAUAGAAGAUGAUUUUUUGAAGAUAAAUGAAUUGCAGGAGUAUUUAGAGGAGGAUGAAGCUAGGGAAUAUGGAAUAAAGAAGGAUAGUGAUAAUAAGAAGAAGAAAGGAGGGAGAAAAGUGUUGGAUGAGGACGAGGAUGAUGACGAUGAAGAGGAUGAAGAAGACGAGGAGGAGCUCGGUCUUUUUGAUGAUGAGGAGGAUGAAAAGGCGGACGAGUUGGAAAAUGCCAGGUAUGAAGACUUCUUUGGUGGGAAAAGGAAAAAAGUUCCCCAGAAAAAAUCAACAACAAUUGAUGAGUCAGAAGAAGAUUCGGACUUGGAUGAUGAACAAGAUGAUGACAAGGCAAUGGAAAACCAGAAAAAUGAUAACCUUUCCACACAUGAAAAACAACUUAAGAAACUUCAAUCUGAAAUAGAGAAGAUGGAGAAAGCAAAUUUGGACCCAAAAACUUGGACCAUGCAAGGAGAGGUAACUGCUGCACAAAGACCGAAGAACAGUGCUUUAGAAGUUGAUUUAGAUUUUCAACACAAUGUGAGGCCUGCCCCUGUAAUUACUGAGGAGUUUACAGCAUCACUUGAAGAGAUAAUUAAAAAGAGGAUUCUUGAGGGGCAAUUUGAUGAUGUUCAAAAGGCUCCUAGUUUACCCACUAAAGCACCGAGAGAAUUGAAAGAGUUGGAUGAGAAUAAGAGCAAAAAGGGUCUCGCUGAAAUUUAUGAGGAAGAAUAUGUUCAAAAGACAAAUCCAGCUGCCGCUCCAUUGUCUUUCUCAGAUGAACAGAAGAAAGAGGCAAGCAUGCUCUUCAAGAAACUGUGCUUGAAGUUGGAUGCACUUUCUCAUUUCCACUUCACUCCGAAACCUGUUAUUGAUGACAUGUCUAUACAAGCAAAUGUCCCUGCUCUAGCCAUGGAAGAGAUUGCACCUAUUGCUGUUUCAGAUGCAGCUAUGCUAGCUCCGGAGGAAGUCUUUGCUGGCAAAGGUGAUGUGAAAGAAGAAGCAGAACUAACGCAGGCAGAGAGGAAGAGAAGAAGAGCUAACAAGAAAAGGAAAUAUAAGGCUGAAGCAGCAAAGAGGACAAUGGCAAAGAAGGCAAGAGAGAACACAUCGCAAAACCACAAUGAUGGCAAUGAAGAAUAAGGAAUACGUUGAUGUAUGGAGAGUUCUCUGAAAAAUCUUCUGCAUAGGUUUCAAAUUCAGGACUGCAGGGGAAGAGAAAGGAAAAGAGAGCAAGUGCUGGGCCACCCAAUGAUCUUUACUGGAGUUCAUGGUCUUUGCAAGUUUUGAUGGAGCAGUAUGAAAAAGCAUACAAAUACAAAGGUCUGCAGAGAGUUAGCUUUCCUUGGUUAUUCCUAGUGAAGCAAAAAUUUUGGUAGGUUGUUCAUCCAAUCUGUUGUAGAUGACAUUAGUUUUAAGAAGAGGUUAUUUUCUCGACUUAUUCAUUGCAUAUUAUUCUUUCUAUCAGCUCAUCUGUUGUAUGCUACGACUUCUGUUUGUCACAAACACAUUUACUUUGUACUUUAUAAAACUUACUCGACGAGGUUGGUGUUGAAGAAUUCAAG